CUCCCGACCUCAGUGGCCACCCCACCCCACACCACACCAUUAAUGCCCGACCCACCAACACCGCCUCCUUCUCGCUGGCUCCUCCCUCGAUCCCGGCCUAUAUCACUCACCCACCUCGCUUCAUCGUUCUCUAUCUCACUCACUCCCUCCUCCAGCUUGCUCACACUACACUACCUAGGCUAGGCUUGCGAUCGAGGGGUUACCAAGCAGAGCAGAGCAGCGAUGGCCGCGGAGAACGGCAGCAGCAGCAGCGCCGACGAGACGUCCACGGUGACGGUGACCGGCACCCGCACCGUGGCGCCCGCCAAGAGCCGCUGCGCUCUCGCCACCUUCGACCUCCCCUACAUCACCUUCUACUACAACCAGAAGCUGCUCCUCUACCGCGCCGCCGCCGCCGGCCCCCUCGACUUCCCCGACGCCGUCGCGCGCAUGACGGCCGCGCUCGCCGACGCGCUCCGCGUCUUCAACCCGCUCGCCGGCCGCAUCCGCCAGGACGCCGACGGCGCGCUCGCCGUCGAGGGCGACGAGGGGGCCGAGGUCCUCGAGGCCGAGGCCCAGGGCGUCGCCGUCGACGACCUCGCACGAGGGGACUGCGACGAGGAGGCCCAGCGGGUCAUGCAGCGCCUCGUGCCCUACACCGGCGUCAUGAACCUCGAGGGGCUCCGGCGACCGCUGCUCGCCGUCCAGUUUACCAAGCUCAAGGACGGCCUGGCUGUGGGGUGCGCCUUCAACCACGCCGUGCUGGACGGCACCUCCACCUGGCACUUCAUGUCCUACUGGGCCGAGCUCAGCCGCACUGGUGGUGGUAAAGAGGCCUCCUCGCAGCAGCUACCACCGCAGCCCAUCCACGAGCGGUCCCUGGCCCGCUCCGUCCGCGUGCGGCUGGACCUUCCCGAGUCCGCUGAGGCCCACGAGAAGACGGACCCCAACGGGCCCAAGAAGGCUCUUGUGGCCCGCGUCUUCUCCUUCCCGGAGCCCAGCGUGGCCCGCAUCAAGGCGGCCGCGAACGCGGCCCUCCCGCCGGGCGCCAAGCCCUUCUCGACGUUCCAGUCCCUGGGCGCCCACAUCUGGCGGGCCGUCUCCCGCGCCCGUGGGCUGGGCCCCGCCGACAUCACCGCCUUCGCCGUCUUCGCCGACUGCCGCGCCCGCCUGGACCCGCCGCUGCCGCCCGCCUACUUCGGAAACCUCAUCCAGGCCGUCUUCACGGGCGUGCCAGCGGGGAUGCUCCUGGGCGGGCCCCCCGAGCUGGCGGCGGGCCUGCUGCAGAAGGCCAUCGACGACCACGACGCCGCCGCCGUCACCCGGAGGCUGGAGGAGUACGAGGCGGCGCCCAAGCUCUUCCACUACAGCGACGCCGGGCCCAACUGCGUCGCCGUCGGCAGCUCGCCGCGCUUCAAGGUCUACGACGUUGACUUCGGCUUCGGACGGCCAGAGCGCGUGCGCAGCGGCGGCAACAACAAGUUCGACGGCAUGGUGUACCUCUACCCGGGGCGCGGCGGGGAGGGAGGCAUCGACGUCGAGCUCGCGCUGCAGCCGGAGCCCAUGCAGAGGCUGGAGAAGGACGCAGACUUCCUCCUCCUGUCUGCUUAGCCGAUCGACGAUUCGUGGUUCGCGAUCGAUCCAUCGAUACUACUAGCAGUUGCUAUGUAUGUACUAGCAACUGAGUACUGUAUUACUUGAUGAUGAUUGUACUGUACACUAGCUGUACGAGUCGUGUUGGUUGGAUUUAAUUUGCUGGAAUAAGUAAGCCAAGGAAGAAUGCAUCAUAUCAUGACAGGAUUUUAUUUGUAAUGCACCUGCAAUUAAUGUAAUCUUUUUACAAUGUACCACUGGAAUCAAGAAUGAAUCCACACAUGCAUCUGUACUCCA